AUGUCCGGCCUGGCCACAUCGCCUGCUCCCCCCAGAGUGCAGGUCGGUUCAUGUUCAAGCACUCUAGGAACAGGCCUUCACCUUUGCCGCAUCUUAGAGGAAUCAGACAGGAAUGUUGAUGGAAAUGCUGGAGAUGCUUUGAUAAACCGUUUCUGUGUCUUUGUAGAUCCAGGAAAACCCAGGAGUGAGGAUGCGGUGGAAGUGCAGGUGAACGGGAACCUGAUCGGCGAGCCUGACCACGAUGCUGACCAGGACGAGGAGGACCCCGCAGGGCAGCUGAACAUGCGAGGCGUGUUUCUGCACGUGCUGGGAGAUGCCAUGGGGUCCGUGAUUGUUGUAGUAAAUGCCAUUCUCUUUUACCUUUACUGGAAAGGUUGUGGUGAAGGGGAUUUCUGUGUGAACCCGUGUAUCUCUGACCCCUGCAAGUCGUUUGUAGAACAGAUUAACAACACGCACGCACCCGUUUCUGAGGCUGGUCCCUGCUGGGUGCUCUAUUUAGACCCAAGUCUUUGUGUUGUCAUGGUUUGUAUUCUUUUUUACACGACUUACCCAUUACUUAAGGAAUCCGCUCUUAUUCUCCUACAAACUGUUCCUAAACAAAUUGAUAUCAGAAAUUUGAUAAAAGAACUUCGAGAUGUUGAAGGAGUUGAGGAAGUUCAUGAAUUGCAUGUUUGGCAACUUGCCGGAAGCAGAAUCAUUGCCACUGCUCACAUAAAAUGUGAAGACCCGACCUCCUACAUGCAGGUGGCUAAAACCAUUAAGGACGUUUUCCAUAAUCACGGAAUUCAUGCUACCACCAUUCAGCCUGAAUUUGCUAGCGUAGGCUCUAAAUCGAGCGUGGUCCCCUGUGAGCUCGCCUGCAGAACUCAGUGUGCUCUGAAGCAGUGCUGUGGGACGCGACCACCAGCCCAUUCUGGAAAGGAUACAGAGAAGGUCCGUUCGGUUAGCAUUUCUUGUUUAGAACUCAGCGACAGUCUGGAGAAGAAGCCCAAGAGGACUAAAGGUGAAAACGUCCCUGCUGUUGUGGUAGAGGUUAAAAAAGUGCCAAACAAACCUGAAUCAUCUUUGUGAGUCUUGAAAAAGAGGUGGUAUUUGACUUUUGCUAUAAACUGCAAGAGGAAAAAGACUCCAUUGAAAUUCUGAGUUUGCCAAGCAGUAUAAUUGAAGUCCUUGUCUGGUCACAUUUAAUUCUAUUUUUGUAAGAACAUAAUGGGACUGCAUAACAGUUCUAUAUUACAACUUUGUGAUUGUUAGUGCACAGUACAGCUAUGCUGUAAAAAAUUUUGAAAGCCAGUUUGAACACUAUGUUACAUUUUUGUUGAAAGUAUAAACCUUAUAACAAUGACAUUUGAUUUCCAGUUUUCCCAUGACAAAAAUUAGGGGGAUAAAUAAAAUUGUUACUGGAAUUUCUCUGCUUUUCUUUCCCCCAUUGUUAUAUUUUGUUAGAGUUAUAAUUGCUGGACCUUUAAAAUCAACAAGUUUGUUUCCUUUGACGUUUUAGGGAAUGUUUACUUGCCCUUUGAUAUCAUUACAUAGCAUAAUGGCACCAUAUUUUAAGAGUGACUCAUGAGUAUUAGCAGGAAAUAAGAUCAGUUACUAUUCUGUUUUCUGUAUUUCUGAGUAAUAAACAGUGAGAUAAUUAAACUGAAUUAUAGUUGACACAUAGUAGGACAUAUAAGGGAUAACAGCAAGAAAGAAAGUUUACCAGCUGAAUAUUGAUGCUAGUGUUCAUUGAUAUUCAGACUGUGUCUCUAAAUUCUGAGAAUUUAAGUUCAUCUUGUUUUACUAAAGUUAGUCUGAAACGUGGAUAUACCAGCAUUUCUUUCUUUCAAAGAUGGUGUUAGAAACAUUGAGCUGAAAGUAUCCUCACAAAAUAUAAUGCAAGCUACUAACCUUUCAAACUGCAUUGUUAAAAACUUUAGCAAGUUAGUUUUCAUGGUAAUGAUUCAAACAGCUUUAAGCACAACCAGCAAUGCAUGCACAUUGCCAAGAGCCACUGAUUGGAGACAAGAAUAUCAGAUAGAUAAUCAAUUUGCAUAUUAAAUUCUUAGCAAAAGAAUUGGAAAAGAUUGUAUAAGUCAUCAUGUCUCAAUAUUGCUGAGUUCCUCCAGUGGCUAAUCUUACGAGAUGUCACUAUAUCCACCCAAAAAUUUUUUCUUGGCUAUUUCAUUGAUGCUGUAGCUUUCAGAUCCAACACAAAUAUUUAAGCAUGUUAAGUUAUAUUUUUCCUGAUAGAGAAGAGUUAUGCUUUGUGAAGAAAAUGUAGAUUUUUGUCCUCAAAAGAAUGAGUACUAAUAUCAGUGAUAUAUAGCUCUAUUUUUCUAGAAACAAGGUAUUCUGACUACUUCAGUGACUUUUAUAGCUGACUACUUUUGGGAUGGCUACCUUUUUGGGAUUUGAAAUAAUUCAUUGCUUAAUAGGUCUUAAAAAAAGUAUUGGGAUAUGACGGUCCCUUUUAAAAGGGAUAAUCUUUUGUGGUAGAGAUGGUGUGUUUUUCCCUAAUCUAAGCCUGUUGCAGGCAAUGGGCCUAUUUAAGAACAGCCGAUUUUUUUUUUUUCCUAAUGAGAAUGAGGUAAUUUUAAGAACAUAGUUUGUAAAUUCACAUUUGCUAUAAUGGACCAAAAGCAUAACCUGCCAAUUUGCAAUACAUCUUAACCUUUUAUUACUCAUAUCUGAAAUUGUGUAAUUCAGCUCUUUACCUAGUAGUUACUUUGAAUUUUGCAAAAAGGUUGGGUUUCUGGUUUUUUUCAAACAUGAGAUUGAGGAAUGUACCUGGUGAAGGAGAGAAAGCUGUGAACUGUACUGUGUCAUGUGUAUCGCUGGCUUACGCUUCACAGAACAAUGUUAGAGUCUUAGAACAAUUUGUUAUAUAGACAUUUCAGCAAGGAUACACUAGGGUAGCUGGUAAGAGCAUUACAUUCAGUGGGUUUUCUUAGCAAAUGCUCUGGGGUCGGUCUGAAAGGUGGUUGUGACACCGAGGUAUAAAGACACUGCCACGUGAGGACGUUUACAAGUGGAAAGAAUGGGACGAGGGCUAUGGCUUAUUUUGCAGAAGUGCUUUGAAGGUUAUAGACAUUAGGUUUUAAUUAUUUCCCUUUUCAUACUUUCUAAGUAGCUCGUCUGUAGCAGUGGUACCAUAGGAUUUUCUUUUUUUUUCAAAAGACUUUGUCAUAGGAAAAUUGGGCACUGACUCAUCUUUUGGGUUUUAGCAGAGAAUUAUUUAUUUCUUUACAAUGCACUUUCUAACCCAUUUUUAGCUAUUUUAGCAUUAUCCUUGAGAAAAAAAGACAUGCUUUUGUGUUUAAAUGUUGUGGGAUUUAAGUGUCUUUUCCAAAAUAGCUUAUUCCUGAAAGAAAAUGUGGGAAAUACCCUGAUUUACUUUUAGGAGACUCAAGCCCAUUAUGUAAGUGUGCUGUUCCAUGCACUGUGUCUGUUUCGCCUCCUGGCUCCUGAGUAAGGUCAGUGUGGAAUGUGUGUCUAGAAACUUGUCUGUUGUCUGCGUUUGUGAGAUGAGAAGGAGGUGCUGCUGCUUGUGCCUGAAUUGAAACCAACCAGAAACGUUCUCCAGCCAAAUGCAGCCUUACUGAUGAGAAACUUAACUCUCCGCUGUCAACUUGUCCAUUGUGUGAUUGCUCCUCUUUUUUCUUCCUGGAGAUUAUUACAGCAAAAGUAUGGACUCAAAUCUGAUAAUAUCCUCGUUUUGCUGAAAUGAAAAUGUUGACUAACUGUAUCCUAAGGUAUGUAAUUUGUAUAGGGAAAAUUUCCUAAUGCACCUUGAAAAUAUCACAGUACACAGAAGACUGUUAACAUGUUUGUUUCUCGUUGACAUCCUCUGUUAAUUUUGAGUUUGGAAAGUUUUGAGGGAAAAGACCUAUGGAACCUAAUGUGAAGUAUUUAGUAGGCUAAUAUGUAUUGAGUUGAAGAAUUUUUCUUUAUAAGCAAAUAUUUGAAUGAUGAACAUGUCAUUAACCUGCUGUCUUAAAAUGUUCACACAUGCACAGGUAUGCAGAGUAAUUCUACAAUAUAAAAAUAUUUAUUUUAAUACUGACUUUCAGCUAAGUUGACGAAACAGUGUUAAAACUCUUGAGAAAGGUGGAAGGUUUUUUUGUUGUUAAGUUGAAACUGUCGUACAGUGUUUUAUGGUCUUCUGAAAUGGGAAUUGUAAAGCACUAUUUUGAUGUAGCUCUACCGAUAAUGUGGCAACGCCAUUUUGUUUUACUAACAAGCUUAGAAUAUUUAGCAUUCAUUUUCACUGGCACAGAAGCCUUUUGUAUGUUAUUCAAUUUAAACUUUUAAACCAAAAAUUUUAUGGUUCAGUGACUUUGGCCAAAAGAUGCUGAAAGGAAUGUAACAUACAAUUAAUAUGUAGUUAUAUAUAAAAAGACACAAAACGCCAUGUUACGGUUCUGCCUUGAAACAGCACAAUGAAAUGUAUCAGUGUCUUCUGUGAUUCUUUACAGAACUCCCACCAUGUAUUGUUCUUGUGUCUGCUGUUGCCUGCCUUUUGGGCCAGACCUGGUCCGGUCAUCUCAUUAAGUGCAGAUGCAGAUAAAAUGUCUUAGUGCUGCAACGUUUUACCUUUUUGUAUGUUUUAUGACUGUAUGUUAUUUUCCAAAGCUGUUCCUACCUCACCACGAGGCUUUAUGGAUUGUUAAUGUAUUAUAAAUGUUCUAUAUGAGACA